GAGAAAGAACAUUGAUUAAACUUUUCAAAAUUACCUACGCAACGAAAAACUGCGCUUAGCAACGGUAUCACACAAUAUAUUUUAUAUCAACCAUUUUAUUUCAUUUUCUGAGUAUUAUUUCAUAUAAUUAUUAAAAUGGCGUGUAACGAGAACGUUAUUAAGAACAUGGCGAAUGAAAUAACGAGGAACUGCCAGGGCCACGCGCUGACCGUCGACCCUGAGUUCGUUAUUUAUAUGAUCGACUUGUUGCUUCUGAACCCUAAGUACGGCAAGCUCUUCGCUAAAACCAUUAAUAGGAAUAACUUGGCGUAUUUUGUGGAUGAGUGUGUUUCUAUGCUUACACAUGGUGGAACUGCACUAAACACAUUGAAAAUGCAGUUUAUACUCCAAACGAACUACGACAAACUGCAACAUUUGAUCGAUAAACAUUUGGACACCAUUGAGAAGUGUUUGCGCCCCCUCGUCAAUGAGAUUCUGGAUAUGGACCCUGAAUUGACCAAUGAGCCUGAAUUUCAUAAGCUGUUUAGGAAGAUAUCUAUUUAUAUUAUACUUGCUAGUGGAUUAGGGAAUCCUGGGUUUAUCACUACCUUAAAAGAAGGCAUGGCGGCUCUAGAAAGCGUGUUCGGUAUGGAAGACCUGAAGCUGUUCGUGGCACUGCCUCGCAAGGAGAAGACUGCUCAACUAGAAGUGCUGCUGGGAAUUACUUCGGGAGUCAGGCUGUUUAAUGGAGACUGCAAGAAGGGGGGAGAAGGAAUACCUGACUUGCCACAUAACCUGGUAGACGCCGGCAAGGCCUGCAUGGCGUCUCUCUCGAACUCCCUAAUCACGGUGAUGCAGCGAGUCAAUAACCUCACUACAGCCAUUGAAGAGGCUAUCACCAUACAGGAGGAGACCGGCAAUGUUGUGAUAGACAUUACGAAGAAUACUGAAGUUACUUUAGAGGAUUACAAAGAAAUCUUCGACCUGCUAGCAUUCAACCGCCAAUACGAAGUCUUCAUUCGCAAGCUGUUAGCUGACGUGGAGUCUAUGACGCAUAACGGCGCUCAGUACGUCGAGAGAGUGAAGGCAGUUCUCCAGGAGUUGCAUGCGGCCGUCAAGUAUAAGGCUGCUGUGCCUGUUCAGAAUGUUUUUCCUCUGUUCACCAAACUAUGGGAAGUUUGGCGCGCGAUGCAGAACGUGAUGUUCCUAGUGUCCACCGUGAACAGGCUCAUGGCUAUCAUGGGCAGCAUCCAGGAUCAGAUCAAGAUGCCGUCCAAGGUCAUCAACAAGAUGCUGAAGGGCAGAACUGUUAUAUCUGAUCAUAGCCGAGUGAAUGCCCGGCCGAGCGUGCAGGACCGCUUAUCCCUCGGCUCGUUAUCGAACUACGUGGCUACUUCCAGCAGCUCCGAGAUCCUCGGUAUAAAGCAGGCAGAAUUUUUAGGAUUUUGUGCGCUAUGUUUGAGUGUGGGCGCCUUAGUCCCGAGUAACGCGAAGCUUGGCCUGAUCAGGGCUAAGGGCGGGUACUACGGAUUUUGCAACGUCAAGAUGGCUUCCAGAUUCAGUAAGGAGCCCGAGAGGUACAUCAACGAGGUCCUGAAUUACGCGCGUAACAACCCUCAUCUGAUCAAUUUACUGAACAUCGUGGAAAACGUGUACCAUGUCAAAGAUGUCGACGAUCUCAUUGUUAUUCGUGUGCCAAAAACUAAGGUAUUUGAUAAGGAUAUUCAGACUGAAGAUCAUCCUUUGGAAUCCUAUAAAGCAAAGAACUACACCUGGGACCUCUGGGAGUGGAAGAGGAGGGCCUGCCAAUGGGCAACCAUUGUAAACUGCCAAACACAUUCAACCCAAACGAACUACAGUCACCUGCGUUCUGACAUACAAUGUCAGACCGUGGAGCCUCGCGACAAGUGUCUGCAGACGAACAAGGACGUGGGGAUCAACACCAUACCUGAUAACUACUUCCUAUGGGGUCUGAGGGGACAACGCGGCUAUGGGCAGCACUCCAUGGACCUUAGACCCCAGCAUUCGGCGGAGAAGUUAAAACCUGAACGUACAAUACGCUUGCCUUGUCUGGAGUACGAAUCCAGCUCUACAGAGGUGCUAAAGAUGGAAAGCAAGUGUUUAAAUUAGGAAACAUACGAGAUUUUUUGUCAAUAUUAUGAUGGUGCUAGGUCGAAAAGGUUUUUUGCCCUGACUGAAAUUAACUUUUGAAUAGGUAUGGUGCAUUAUCGUACCGAGGAUUUUCUGAAUAACAGUCUUUUU